GAGAGGACGUCGCGCGCCCCGUCCUAUGCGGCAUACGAAAUCGUCGCGAGUAUUAUUGUUUGUCAACAAAUAUGUAGCUUCAAUAAAAUCGCAUUGUGUUAGGUGAUGUUAAAUAAAGCGGGAGACAUUUUGUGUUUUCUUUUGUUUUGUUUUCGUACACGAAGUUGUAACGGUGUUGCACGAUGGAUGGAGCGAACGCUGACUCGGAUCAUUCUAUGACUUGGGAGGACUUUUUCGGUAGCACAACAGACCUCACACCAACACUGAUUGGAAUAUAUGAUUCAUUAUUGGAGCCAGCGAAGAGUCUGAGGCCAAAGCUAUUAUUAGAAACAGCUAAAGAUGCCAGAAACGACCCACCGUUGACUGGAACAAUGACAGAAGUAACAAAAGACAACGAGAAAUGCAAAGAAGUCCCCACGCUCCCACCUCAAGAUCCCACUGAUAUAACGGAAUGCGUAAAACUUCCUAUAGCAAUGGUUAAUAAAAGUUCUCUUUACUCGUUACGAACUAAAAGUGAUAGAAAUGGUGCUAGUGAUGAAAUAGAUAAGUGUGAUCUUACGUCCAGUGACACAGUUCUCUUUAAGGAUAGUAAAAUGCAAAGGACAUUUAGAGAAUCCAAACAAACCGAUUCCGCGUUCGAUAAUCUAUCACCCAACGUAAAAAGGAUGAUAUCUAGUGCGACGGAAACGACGACGCUGAAAUUCCAAAAGAAAAGCAUAACCAUCGGGAGAUCCACGGCAAGGCAUAAAUCUAACAUUCCUCUAGUUGGCGCCACAUCUAAGAUAUCCCAAUCCGGUGUUGAAAUAUUGCCGUCCGUUGAGAUUUACGAUCAACCUUGCGUGAAGAAUUUUGGUAAACAUAGAACCGAUGAGCAGUCUCCGUCGAAAAUGACUCAAGUUAAACCUGAUUUCAAAAUAGACGACACUCAAACCACUUAUGAUGUCCCUACUAAUAACAGGCCGGCUAUUUAUGAUGUGCCCACUGUUCUUAAUAAGACAGCCUUCGAAUCCCUCUCUUUACCAUACAUCGAUCAAUCCAUCGAGCUCUCUAUAUCAUCUAACGAUAGAGAAUUCGAUAUUAAAUUAUCAUCCAAAGAAACUUCUCCUCUUAAACCUGAAGCUAAGAGUCCUACACCAGAAGCGACACCCGCAAAAAUAGCAAAGACAGUCAACGGAACAAACAGUUUGCAUAGGAAAGAUUUCAAAAAUGAGAGUCCAUCUAAACAGUUAUUAAAAACUGGACCUUAUCCGCACGCGAUAGGGUCUACGGGUAAUUUAAAAACUCUAACGAUACCAGAAAAAGAGGUGAUAAGAUUGAAUCCACCUGCAGUCGAAGUGUGUCGUCCGUUGUCAAUGAGUUCCAUUGCUUCCUCGUCAUCGACGUCGAGUAGUGGCGUUCAAAAUAAAGGUGGCGUGAAUUCGGCGUAUUUAGCUUCGAUCGAGAGUUUGGACGACCACAGCGAUGCUGAUAUGACGUCAGCUAAUGGCAGCAACAAUUUUGUUAACAACGCUGGCAUUAUGAACAAUAGUGCAUCCGUGGAAAGGAAUUGUGAGGACACAUUGAGUGCACAAGUUAUAGACGAGAUGUCGGGACUGUCGCAGCUGGAGAGGGUCUGUGCGGAGAUAGUUCAGACGGAGAACGUUUACGUGGAAGACCUGAGGCAGGUCGUUGAGGUAAGUGACUUAUUUAUACUCUGA